AAUGAGGGGGCGGGGUCACGCCGAGGAGCGAGCCGCUGCGGUGACAAGAUGGCGGCGGCGGCGCGGCGGGCGCAGCUGGUGCUGGGGCACUUGGCCGGGGCCGCGCCGGGCCCGGGGGCCGCCCCCAGGGCCGUGCCCUGCUCCGGGGGCCCCCCGCGGGCCAGCAGCCCCGACGAUGUGGUGGUGGUGCACGGCCGCAGGACCGCCAUCGGCCGCGCCCGCCGCGGCGGCUUCAAGGAUACAACACCUGAUGAGCUGCUGGCUGCUGUGAUGACAGCUGUCCUUCAGGAUGUCAACCUCCGUCCUGAGGUGCUGGGAGACAUCUGUGUGGGGAAUGUGCUGCAGCCUGGAGCUGGUGCCUUGAUUGCAAGAGUUGCACAGUUUCUAAGUGGCAUUCCAGAGACAGUGCCAUGCUCCAGUGUGAACAGGCAGUGCUCCUCCGGGCUGCAGGCCAUUAUCAACAUAGCUGGUGGCAUCCGAAAUGGAUCGUAUGACAUUGGCUUGGCCUGUGGAGUGGAAACAAUGUCCCUCAGAAGUGCAAAUAACCCUGGUGAUAUCAGUUCCAACAUGAUGGAUAACCCCAAAGCUCGAGACUGCCUUAUUCCUAUGGGAAUAACCUCAGAAAAUGUGGCAGAGAAGUUUGGAGUUUCCCGGAAGAAGCAAGAUGCCUUUGCCUUGGCUUCCCAACAAAAAGCAGCAAAAGCUCAGCAGAUGGGACUGUUUAAAACAGAGAUUGUUCCAGUCAAGACCACUGUGGCAGAUAAUGAGGGCAACAAAAAAACAAUCACUGUGCACGAAGACGAAGGGAUCAGGCCCUCCACAACACUGGAAGGCUUGGCAAAGCUGAAACCUGCCUUCAAAGAGGAUGGAAGCACUACAGCAGGGAAUGCCAGCCAGGUCAGCGAUGGAGCAGCUGCUGUUCUCCUGGCAAAACGCUCCAAGGCAGCACAGCUGGGACUGCCAGUGCUGGGGGUGCUGAGGUCCUUUGCUGUGGUGGGGGUCCCACCUGAUGUGAUGGGCAUAGGGCCGGCCUAUGCCAUCCCUGUUGCUGUGGAAAAGGCAGGUCUGACUCUGAAUGACAUUGAUAUAUAUGAAAUUAAUGAAGCCUUUGCAAGCCAGGCUGUGUACUGUGUUGAAAAGCUGGGCAUUCCCAUGGAGAAGGUGAACCCCCUGGGAGGAGCCAUAGCACUGGGACACCCCCUGGGCUGUACCGGUGCUCGGCAGGUCGUCACUUUGCUCAAUGAACUGAAGCGCCGAGGGAAGAGAGCAUAUGGAGUCGUGUCCAUGUGCAUUGGAACUGGCAUGGGCGCCGCAGCCGUGUUCGAGUACCCGGGGAAGUGAAGUGAGCUCCAGUGCUGACACAACAACACCACAGCUCCCUCUCUGCCUUCCCUAGGCAUAGCAAGUGAUUGCCACUGAAAUCAAGUGGGUUCUGGGAUUUGUUACUAGAUCUACAAAUUUUAGGCAGAAAUUGUGAAGUAGAAUUAACGGUGCAGUUCUGCGAAGAAGGUGAGGAAAUGCAAAACUGGCACAUGGCUUCCUGACAUAACAAAUUAGCUCAGCUGAAAUUCAACUACAGCCCCUGGUGUGGUGAUUAUGAAUUAACAUUUUUAAUUUAAUUGAUCUCUUUACUCUGUGAAUAUUACCAGAGGGAAAUAGUUCAUGGGACAGUAUUUUUGUAUGACAAAUUGGCAAAGAGAGUCACUCAAAAUGAAGACAUCAGUCCACCUGGAAAGACUUUUCCAGCAUUUCCUUAAAAGGAUUCACCAUUUUGUAAGAAGUUUAAAAGAGCUUGUUUUGAAGCAAAGACUUGACAUCCUUGCCUUUACGCCUGUGUCUGUCCUAGCCCAAUCUGAAGUUGUUUGUGUCUUAAAUUGUCCCUGCACUGGAGGAUGGGCUGCAGCUCGCUGCUGGUGGAGCUGCUCUGAAGCCUCUUUCCAGAGGGGGAAAGUGGAAGGACUGGAACAUAAUUUCCACAGGAAAUGCCUGCAUGGAAAGGUUCUCUUGAAUUGCUAGAAGCCAGGAUUUGGAUGUGGCCAUUCCUUCUUCUACAUGUCUGAGUGUCAGUUUGUGUGACUCCAAAGACAAUCUUGUGCUUAAUCAUAUUUACUUACCUAACACAAAGCAAAUUGCAGCAUUACAUUUACUGCAAGCACUACCUGAAUAUCAGUGACAGCUCAGUCCUUCAGUGCUAAUACAAGCAUGUUCUGUCUUGUGUCUUUUGUCAUCCCUUAUUUCUUCUCUUGUCUGAACAGGAAGAUCACUGAAACUCAGCUUGAAAAAGAAAUUUACUCAUUGCUGCUUUGAAUUUGUAACAAACUGAAGUACUUUGUCCUGACUUUUGUUUUUGCACUUAAUAAUACAAUUGGGUUCUUGCAAUA